CGCAACACAGAGUUAGUCCCUUUCAGCUUGAGUAGUUUGUUUGAGUACAGACGGUCUCCGCCCUUCAGCAGCUCUCAACGCUUUGAGUCUUGGCGUGCGGCACUUAUCUUCAACAACCAGCAAAGAUGUCUAGCCAGAGCCAGCCACCUGCUGCUUGGAAGGCGGCCAAGCCGUUCGUGAACGGUGGUCUGUCGGGCAUGGCUGCUACCUGCAUCAUCCAGCCCAUUGACAUGAUCAAGGUCCGCAUCCAGCUCGGCGCCAAGGGAAGCCCGCUCGCUGUGGGCGCGGAGAUCGCGAAGAAGGAGGGCUUCGGCGCUCUGUACAGGGGCCUGAGCGCUGGUCUGCUGCGCCAGGCCACCUACACCACCACCCGCCUGGGUGUCUUCAACGUUCUUUCCGAGGAGCUGAAGGCUCGCAACAACGGACAGAACCUGCCUCUGUGGCAGAAGGCCGUGGCUGGCCUUACGGCCGGUGGCAUCGGUGCCUUGGUUGGCUCGCCAGCUGAUCUGACCCUCAUCCGCAUGCAGGCGGAUUCGACCCUGCCAGUUGAGCAGCGCCGCAACUACAAGGGCGUCGGCGAUGCGUUCCUCAGGAUUGUCCGCGAGGAUGGUGCUGGCGGUCUGUUCCGCGGUGCCACGCCCACCGUGGUCCGUGCCAUGUCCUUGAACAUGGGUAUGCUCGCCUCCAACGACCAGGCUAAGGAGAUGAUCGAGGCCGCUGGCUUUGAGAAGGGCGGCAGCGCUGCUGUGCUGGGCGGCGCCUUCAUUGCUGGCUUCCUUGCCUCCGCCUUCAGCCUGCCGUUCGACUUCAUCAAGACGCGUAUGCAGAAGAUGACGCCGAACCCCGACGGCACCCUGCCCUACAAGGGCCCCAUCGACUGCGCCGUGCAGACGCUCAAGAACGAGGGCCCGCUUAAGUUCUACACUGGCUUCCCCACGUACUGCAUCCGUAUUGCGCCCCACGUGGUCUUCACGCUGGUCUUCGUGGACAUGCUGCCCAAGCUGCAGAAGCCCCUGGGCCUGUAAGCGAACCGCCGUAGUGGACUUCGUGGCUGACCAUGUGCAUUACCCUGGCUUAUGAUAUCCUUAUGGAAGCUCGUGACAAGAGCAUUGAACCUUACGAUUAACUGGCUUGGACUGAUCGCUGUCGUCUUGCGGCCUCUACCGGUUGCCAACAAAGUUUCCUUCACUUGAGCGGUUGCGCACACGGAGUGGAGUGGCUAGCAACAGGGCGCUUGUGCCCAGCGUUAUGACAGUGAGGAGCACCUAACAUACUCUUGACGGUACCCGUUUUGACCAACUGGUUUUCUGGACACGUCCGUGACUGGACGGGAGCCAAAAGGUGUCCCGUUGUAUUUCUGAGGCAGCUUGUGUCUUCUUUGAGGGGUCAGCUGAGCGAACUCGGUGCCUGUAUCAUCGAUCAUUGCAUGGCCCAACAAGUGCGUGAGCUUAGGUCGUUGAGGUUUGGAGGGAGUGCUUGGGUUGCUGCCACGGUUUUGGUGUGUUUAUUACGCGCACGCCGCUCGUAUGGAGCAGCCUAAAAGCACGCAGAGUGCCUUCAAUUUUUACGAGUGACAUUCUUUUAGAGCGGUUUGCGCCUCUGCAUGAACAAUGCAAACCUCGGGCUGAGGCUCUCUUGUAACACCUUGCCUUUGAA